AUGCAAGACACUCUUCUCACUCUUCCACACCAACAACGCAUUAACAUCAACUUUCCCUCCAAAAACCACACUGCCGUUACAGAUAAGCCUCUCCCCAACGGUGACAUAUACACCGGAGCUUUAUUAGGAAACAAACCUCACGGCACCGGGAAAUACCUCUGGUCAGACGGGUGUAUGUACGAAGGUCAGUGGAGAAAAGGAAAAGCCUCCGGUAAAGGAAGAUUCUCGUGGCCGUCGGGAGCUACCUACGAAGGCGAGUUCAAAUCAGGUCGAAUGGAAGGGUUCGGGUCAUUCAUUGGAGUCGACGGGGAUGUUUACCGAGGGACCUGGUUUGCUGAUCGGAAAAAUGGAUUCGGCGAGAAGCGUUACGGGAAUGGUGAUGUCUAUGAGGGAUGGUGGAGGUGCAACUUGCAAGACGGGGAAGGAAGGUACGUUUGGAAAAACGGAAAUGAGUACGUUGGAGAGUGGAAGAAUGGUGCUAUAUGGGGUAAAGGUGUUUUGGUUUGGGCUAAUGGGAAUCGUUAUGAAGGGUUUUGGGAGAACGGUGUUCCGAAGGGGAAUGGAGUUUUUACUUGGUGUGGUGAGAGUUUUGGGAAUGAAGAGAAACAGUGUGAGAUGAUGAUGGCCAGGAAGAGAUCUUCGGUGGAUGGUUCAAAGGGCGUUGGUUUUCCAAGGAUUUGUAUAUGGGAGCUUGAUGGUGAAGCCGGUGAUAUUACUUGUGAAAUUGUUGAUAAUGUGGAGGCUUCUGUGUUUUAUAAAGAUGGUAGUGAAUCUGAAAACAGUGGAGAAAGUUGUGGGGGUGUGUUGGAUAAGAGUCCUUGUUGGUCUCUUGAUGGUGAUGUUAAGAAGCCUGGUCAAAUUGUGUCUAAGGGACAUAAGAGUUAUGAUCUUAUGAUCAGUCUCCAAUUGGGUAUCAGAUAUACUGUUGGCAAGUAUGCUCCGGUUGUUAGAGAACUUAGAGUAGGAGAUUUUGAUCCUAAGGAGAAGUUCUGGACUAGAUUGCCACUAGAAGGAUCCAAGUUUGCACCUCAACAUCAAUCAAUGGACUUCAGGUGGAAAGACUAUUGCCCCAUGGUGUUCAGACAUCUAAGGGAAUUAUUUGCCAUAGAUCCUGUGGAUUACACACUUGCGAUUUGUGGAAGUGACUCACUCAGAGAGAUGUCUUCUCCUGGAAAAAGUGGAAGCAUCUUUUACCUCACUCAAGAUGACCGUUUCAUAAUCAAGACCGUGAAGAAAUCUGAAGUCAAGGUGCUUACCAGAAUGCUUCCAAGUUACUAUCAACAUGUUUGUAAGUACAAGAACACUUUGGUUACGGCAUUUUUAGGGGCACAUUGUAUCAAACCUGUUGGAGGUCAAAAGAUCCGGUUUAUUGUGAUGGGAAAUGUGUUUUGUUCCGAGUAUCGGAUUCAUAAAAGGUUUGAUCUCAAAGGUUCUUCUCAUGGACGAAUCACGGAUAAACCUCGGGAGGAGAUUGACGAGACUACCACUCUUAAAGACCUUGAUCUUAAUUUUGUCUUUCGCCUAGAACAGUCUUGGUUUCAAGAGCUAAAAUGGCAACUUGAUAGAGACUGUGAGUUUCUGGAAGCUGAGGGAAUCAUGGAUUAUAGUCUUUUGAUUGGCCUUCAUUUCCGCGAUGAUCACUCAGUUGAUGAAACGGAAAGUUCACCGCGUGAUAUGCCGUCAGCAGGCAAGAGAGACAUGCAUGAUGAUGAUACGCACAUACCCCGCGGUCCUCUAAUCCGGCUCGGAAUGAACAUGCCUGCCAGAGCUGCAAGAAUGUGUAGUGCAAAAAGCAACAAUUCUACUCCUUCAAAGAGUAGUAAUGAGAUCUCUGAUGUAAUCCUUUACUUUGGUAUCAUUGACAUUCUUCAAGACUAUGAUAUUAGCAAAAGGAUAGAACAUGCUUACAAGUCACUACAAGUCGAUCCUACUUCCAUCUCAGCCGUUGAUCCUAAGCUAUACUCCAAAAGGUUUAGAGAUUUCAUACACAGAAUCUUUGUUGAGGACACAUGA